AUGUUUGGCGCAUUCAGAAGAUGUCCGGCGACACUGUCGAGGAGCCUCUCCAAGGCCGCAGUCGCGUCCAACGUGCUCCGCACACCCCUCACACGCACAUCGGCCGUCCUGAGGACACCGUCGUCGCGCAUCGCCAGCGCCUCGGUCGCCGGCUUCCACCACAGCGCGAGGUGGCAACAGAUUGCGCAGGACGUCGAGGCAGAGCAGGCCGUUGCUGAGCAUGGGCCGGCCACGACCUUUGCAGAGCUGGCCACGCGCGGCCUGGUGCACCCCAACCUCAUCAACACCAUCACCAGGCAGAUGAAGAUCGAGACCAUGACCGACGUCCAGCAGCGGACCAUCAACGAGGCCCUCAGCGGCGUCGACAUUAUUGCACAGGCAAAGACAGGUACCGGCAAAACCCUCGGCUUCCUUGUCCCCGUCAUCCAGCGCAUCAUCACAGCCGACCCCAAGCUCGGCGAGAAGACCCGCGGCUACAAGCGCGCAAAGGCCGACGACAUCAGGGCCAUCAUCAUCUCCCCCACCCGUGAGCUCGCCGAGCAGAUUGCUGUCGAGGCCAAGAAGGUCACCCAGAACACAGGCCUCGUCGUCCAGACGGCCGUCGGUGGCACCAUGAAGCGUCAGAUGCUCCAGAAGACCCAGCGUGAGGGCUGCCACCUGCUCAUCGGCACGCCUGGACGUCUGUUCGAUAUCCUCUCGGACCCCUACUCGGGCGUCAAGGCGCCCAACCUCAACGCCCUGGUCAUGGACGAGGCCGAUCGCCUGAUGGACGACGGCUUCACCAAGGAGAUCGACGAGAUCAAGCAGCACCUCCCCGACCCCGAGGUCGUCGAGCGCCAGAACCUCAUGUUCUCUGCCACCGUCGCCCGCGAUGUCGUCGACCUGGUCCGCCGCACCCUCCGUCCCGGCUUCCACUUCGCCAAGUGCGUCAACGAAGAGGAGGAGCCCACACACGCCCGUGUCCCCCAGAAGCAGGUCAUGGUUGCCGGAUUCGAGAACAUUAUGCCCUCCCUCUACGAGCUCGUCCUCAAGAAGCAGCAGAGCGCCAUGGCCGGCGAGUCCAACCCUUUCAAGGCCAUCAUCUACUUCAACUCCACCGCUGAAGUCACCCUCGCCGCCUCCGUCUUCUACAAGCUUGGCGGCGGUUUCAAGCGCAACUCGGCCCUCUCCGGCCUCCGCAGCUUCGAGAUCCACGCAAAGCUCUCCCAGGCUCAGCGCACCCGCGCCUCCGAAGACUUCCGCGCGUGCAAGUCUGGCCUCCUCUUCUCCUCCGACGUCACAGCACGAGGAAUGGAUUUCCCCAACGUCACUCACGUCAUCCAGAUUGGUCUUCCCCGCGACCGCGAGUCGUACAUUCACCGUCUCGGCCGCACUGGUCGCGCGGGCAAGGAGGGUGAAGGCUGGAUCGUCCUCACACCCUUUGAGAAGGGCGAGAUCCGCCGCCGUCUCCGCGGCCUGCCUCUCGUCGACGCUACCGCUGACCUCGAGACGGCAGAGAUCGACAUGAGCCAACCGGCAGAGGUUCCUGAGAACGUGGGCAGGAUCCUUCAGGAAAUCACCGAUGCGCACAAGAAGGUCUACCCGGACCAGCUUGAUGCUGCGUUCCGCGGCCUGUUCGGUAGCUUCCAGUGGUACGGCGACAAGCAGGGUCUGCUCGAGGGCGCCAACAGGCUUGCCGAGUUCGGCUGGGGCAUGCCUACUCCCCCUCAGCCUCCUUCUAGCCUGUUCGCUGGCGGCAGGCGAGGUGGCGGCGGUGGUCGCAGCCGUGGCGGCUUCGGCGGAGGCCGUGGUGGUGACCGUGGCGGCGACCGUGGCGGCUACCGCCAGGACCGCGGCGGCGCUGACGCAUUCAGCGGUGGCCGCUCUGGCGGAUUCGGCGGCGACAGGCGAGGCGGUGAUCGCGGCGGCUUUGGCGGAGACCGUGGUGGUGACCGUGGAGGCGACCGAAGAGGCGGCGACCGUGGCUUUGGCGGCCGUGGCGGCCGUGACGGCGGCUUUGGCGGCGAACGACGCGCUCCUCGUCAGGAGUACUCUGACUUUUAG